AUGGUACUUCUGCUGGGCUUCCUGCUCCUGUGGGGAGUCCCAGCCUGGGGCCAGCAGAUGCAGAUGCUCAAUGUCAUGCCCAUGUUUCUGUCUCCAGAUUUCACUGGAAGUGUGAACAUCACUACUCCAGAGCAGACAAUUCAGGAAGCCCAAGGGGGAACUGUCCACCUGCCCUGCAUGUUCGCCCUUGGCCCCGAGGACCAAGGACCACUGGAUGUUGAGUGGCUUCGGCUUUCAGGACCUAAUAAUGAGGAGGUAGACCGUGUGAUUCUUUUGUAUACUGUAGAUAAAAUUUAUUCUGACUUCUACUAUGAUCUGAAAGGACGAGUAAAUUUUACAACUGAUCAUAUUGUGUCUGGUGAUGCCUCCAUAAAGAUAAGACAUGCUCGGCCUUCAGAGAGUGGCACCUACCAGUGCAAAGUGAAAAAAGCCCCUGGUGUUGCCAAGACAACCAUCAAGUUGACAGUUGUUGAUUUCACUGGAAGUGUGAACAUCACUACUCCAGAGCAGACAAUUCAGGAAGCCCAAGGGGGAACUGUCCACCUGCCCUGCAUGUUCGCCCUUGGCCCCGAGGACCAAGGACCACUGGACGUUGAGUGGCUUCGGCUUUCAGGACCUAAUAAUGAGGAGGUAGACCAUGUGGUUAUUUUAUAUUCUGCAGACAAAAUUUGUGAUGAUGUCUAUCCAGAUCUGAAAGGGCGAGUGCAUUUUACCAGUCAUGACAUCAGAUCUGGGGAUGCAUCCAUAAACAUAACAAAUGUUCAGCUAUCAGAUGCUGGCACCUAUCAGUGCAGAGUGAAAGAAAACCCCGGCAUUGUGAACAGGAACAUUAAGCUGGCUGUCACUGAUUUCACUGGAAGUGUGAACAUCACUACUCCAGAGCAGACAAUUCAGGAAGCCCAAGGGGGAACUGUCCACCUGCCCUGCAUGUUCGCCCUUGGCCCCAAGGACCAAGGACCACUGUUCGUUGACUGGAUGCAGCUUACAGGACCUGAAAAUGAGGAGGUGAACCGUAUGUUUAUUGUAAAUUUAGCAGACAAAAUUUAUGAUGACUUCUAUCAAGAUAUGAAAGGACGUGUGAAAUUUACUAGUAAUGACAUCAGGUCUGGGGACGCAUCCAUAAGCAUAAGCAAUGUUCAGCUAUCUGAUGCUGGCACCUAUCAGUGUGGAGUCUUUCAUGGCUCUGAGACUACCAAGAGGACCAUACAGCUGACAGUAGUUGGUUUUCCUUCCUCCUAUUUCGACUCAGUUACCCAAUACCUCGACCUUGUUAUUAAGCCUUGA